AUGGCCAUACCACUGAUAGAAGAAGCAACCACCGAAGAGACUGUCCCAGAGGGAAUCAAGGAAGUACUAGACAGCUAUACCGAUAUAAUGCCAGAGAGUCUACCACAAACACUACAACCUCGUCGAGGCAUUGACGACAAAAUCGAGCUCCUCCCCGGGGUUAAGCCGCCAACAAAGAACGCAUACCGGAUGGCUCCGCCCGAGCUAGCCGAAUUGAGGAAACAACUGGAUGAAUUGCUGAAGGCGGGAUUCAUUCGCCCGAAUCUCCCUACAGAGGAAACAAGCUGGGAACGCGCCGAAGAGCUGAACUCNCCCUUUGGCUUGACAAACGCCCCAGCUACGUUCUGCACGUUGAUGAACCAGGUUUUCUACGAAUACCCGGAUCAGUCCGUCAUAGUAUACCUCGACGACAUUGUUGUUUACAGCACAACCCUCGAGGAACACAAAGUGCACUUGAAGCUAGUGUUUGACAAGCUCCGGCAGAACCAGCUGUAUGUGAAGAAGGAGAAAUUGGUAUCAAAGCUUUGUAAGCUCCGUGAAAUAGCAAAGACCGAAAAUAUGUCGAUGACAAAGUCGACACCCAAAUCACAAGCUGACCGGCUUACUUUAAUAGAGGAGGAAAUGCUGUUCCUCAAAGAAGUCCCUGACACCAUCCGCUUCCUGGAAGCACGGGUGAAAGAAUUGAGUGGAAAAGUCGUAGAGAUCAACGCAAUGGGUAACUGCCUGGAUGGGUUGCCAAUCGAAGAACUGAUGUUUUGA